AUGGAAUCUUCCACUCGGUUAAUGUUGAUCCUGGUGGUGUUCUUCAUCCCUGCGAGGAGUGCGCGAGCGGAGCCCGAGCCGACCCUCAUCAACUGCGGCUCUGAUUCCAGCACCAUUGUCGACGGCAGGAGAUGGGCUGGGGAUUCUUCCCCUCCCAGGAACCUCACACUCAGCUUCCUCGGGACCGUCGCCUCGGCGGCUCCGGGAGCAGGUGGAGAAGAAGGGCCGUAUGGGGAUUUGUACAAAACCGCCCGUGUCUUCAACGCUUCCUCGACCUACCACCUCGGUGUCGCCGCCGGGAGCUACUUCCUCCGGCUCCAUUUCAGUCAGCUAUUCGCCAACUUCAGCGCCCAGGAGCCGUUGUUCGAUGUCACGGCGAACGGCCUGAAGCUGCUCUCCAAGUUCAAUGUCCCCGGGGAGAUUUCCUGGAGGGAUUCUCAGAUCAACUCCACCAGCGGCGUCAUCGUGAAGGAGUACCUUCUGAAUGUUACCUCUGGUAAACUGGGGAUUGAGUUCACUCCUGAAGACGGGUCGUUCGCCUUCGUCAAUGCCAUGGAGGUUGUACCUGUGUCUGGCAGCUCCAUUUUUGAUUCAGUUAACAAGGUGGGCGGUCAUGAGUUGAAGGGCCCGUUCAGCCUCAGCGAGAGCGGGAUCGAGACAAUGUAUAGGUUGUGUGUGGGAUGCGGCGAUAUCGAGAGGAAAGAGGACCCGGGCUUGUGGAGGAAGUGGGAUUCGGAUGAGCAUUUCAUAUUCUCUCUGAAUGCUGCACACCCCAUCUUCAAUUCUUCCAACAUAAGUUAUGUGUCGGCUGAUGAUUCCACAUUAGCCCCUUUGAGGCUCUAUGAAACCGCAAGGGUGACGACGGAGAGUUCCGUCAUGGAGAAGAAAUUCAAUGUGUCAUGGAGCUUUAACAUUGACCCUGGCUUUGAUUACUUGGUCAGGCUGCAUUUCUGCGAGCUGGAGUAUGACAAGGCUGAGCAACGCAAGUUCAAGAUUUACAUAAACAACAAGACUGCUGCUGAGAGCUAUGAUGUGUUUGCCAGAGCUGGGGGGAAGAACAAGGCUUUUCAUGAGGACUUCCUUGAUGUUGGCUCGCCGCAGAUGGAGACUCUUUGGGUUCAGCUGGGGUCUGAGGCUUCAGCAGGUUCUGCGGCUACUGAUGCUCUUCUGAAUGGCAUGGAGAUCUUUAAGGUUAGCCGGGAUGGAAAUCUUGCUCAUCCAACUGUGAGGAUUGGUGGUAUCAGUGGUGGCGUAAGGAAACCAAAGCGGAGCCCCAAGUGGGUGCUAAUUGGUGCUGCUUCCGUUCUUGUGCUUUUUAUCACAAUUGUUGGUGCUGCUUAUAUCUGUUUCCAUCUGCAGCGGAAGAAAAAGAAUUCAGCUAACAAAGCCAACGAUAACUCACCUGGCUGGAAGCCACUUGCGCUCCACGCUGCUGCGGAUACCCGGUCCCCAACUCUUCGCACAGCCGGGACAUUUGGGAGCAGCCAGCUUGGCAGGCAGUUUACCAUUGUAGAAAUCAGAACAGCCACUCAGAACUUUGAUGAGUCCUUGGUGAUCGGAGUUGGAGGUUUUGGCAAGGUCUACAAGGGUAGAAUGGAGGAUGGCAAGCUGGUGGCGAUUAAGAGGGGGCAUACCGAGUCUCAUCAGGGUCAGGGUAUGAAGGAAUUCGAAACUGAGAUCGAGAUGCUCUCGAGGCUGCGGCAUCGGCACCUUGUGCCCUUAAUUGGCUAUUGUGAUGAGAGAAACGAGAUGGUCUUAGUUUACGACCACAUGUCGAAUGGCACCUUGAGGAGCCAUCUCUAUGGAAGUGACCUUCCUGCUCUUACAUGGAAGCAAAGGCUUGAAAUAUGUAUCGGCGCAGCACGAGGGCUUCACUACCUUCACACUGGACUUGACAGGGGUAUAAUUCACAGAGAUGUCAAGACUACCAACAUUUUAUUGGAUGGCAACUUGGUCGCAAAGAUGGCAGAUUUUGGCAUCUCGAAAGAUGGUCCAGCUUUAGAUCAUACUCAUGUUAGUACUGCCGUGAAAGGAAGUUUUGGUUACCUUGACCCAGAAUACUAUAGAAGACAGCAGUUAACUCCAAGCUCAGAUGUGUACUCUUUCGGUGUCGUGCUGUUUGAAGUGCUAUGUGCUCGACCAGUCAUAAAUCCGACCUUGCCAAGGGAUCAGAUAAACCUUGCUGAGUGGGCUCUGAACAGGCAAAGGAAGAAGUUACUUGGGACCAUUAUCGACCCUCGGUUAGAUGGAAAUUACACACUAGAGUCCCUGAUGAAAUUCAGCGAGAUAGCAGAAAAAUGCCUUGCAGAUGAGGGGGUUAACCGGCCUUCAAUGGGCGAAGUCCUCUGGCACCUAGAGAGUGCUUUGCAGUUGCACCAAGGUCAUGUGCAAAAUGCAAACGGUGAUGGUUCUUCAGGGCCUAAACUGAAGCCUUCUGAUGUAUCUAUCAACAUAGCAUGCAUCGAAGAAGUUGAGGAAUCUACUCGUCCAGCCCCUCAAGAUGCAAAUACGCAAGCUGUUGCUGUCAAGAUUGAGGUGCCAUGACAUGGAAGGGCUUUCAAACUAGAGGUUUGAAGCAACUGAAUAGUGUGUGUGUCCAGUUCAUGCUUAGAUGCAUGUCACCUGUAGUACCGUAACACCAUAUGUGGAGGUCCUUGUGAUAUACUGAGAUUCUUUUGGUACAGUAGAUACUUUUGGAGGGGCUUUUGCUAA